GUGCGCGACCUCACAACAACAACACCAAACCCUCUCUCUUCUUCAAACCCUCAUUGACAACCUCUUUCGCCUCCUCUCACCUUACACACCCCCUCUCGACAAUGGUCUCCACGCGCCAACACCCCAGGGAAUUCCCCCCACCCGAAUCCUCCCCCACCAAAGCCUCCCCGCGCAAAACCUCGCGCAAUGCGACCACCUCACCCGCGCCCAGCUCUCCCAAUUCCGCAAACACGUCUCUGACAAAGCGUGCCGUGUCGAACUCCAGUGCUGUGGCUCCUGCGUUUUCAGAAGGAUGGUCGCACACCGCAUCCAACAUCACCAUUCUCUGGAUCUGCGUUAGUCUACCCCUCGUCAUCUGGGACUCCUUGUACAUCCUGCUUCGUCCCCAUACGAUGGCUGGAGGGAUAUUGCAAUGGCCUAUCUGGAAACCGUAUGAAAUUUACGCGAGCAUUGAUUAUGUAUAUGGGUGGCCUGGGUGGGAGGGUAAUGAUGGGUUUGGAGGUGCACAGGGCGCGAUCAAUGCGAUUGAAGCGGUACUGUAUGGACUGUAUAUUAUGAUUAUUUUCAAUCACGGAGUGCCAGCGGCUGGGGGGAGGGGGCUGCAGGUUGGACAGGGUGUGAGGGGAUGGCUUGCGGGGGGCAUGAGAGUGGAGGGGAAGACGGGGAAUAGGGCGUUGCUUAUUGGGUUUUCAGCAGCGCUGAUGACGUUGAGUAAGACUGUGCUUUACUAUCUGAAUGAGUACUUCUCCGGCUUUGAGAAUACAAAGCACAAUGACUGGCCCACUCUGAUUCUCUUCUACGGUAUUAUGAAUGGCCUAUGGAUUGUUUUCCCCGCUUAUAUGACCAUCGUUUUCGGCGCAGAUAUUUCGGAAGCUCUCGACAUUGCUACCGAUUCCUCAUCUGCCUCUAAAAAGAAGUACUAAUCAAUCCAACCCAGCCGUAUCCUCUUGUCUUCAAUCCACUCGUUCUCUGAAAUGGCAUGGCCAGCCUUUCAGAAAUCCUUUCUUUCAUUCUCAACUCAGAGCAGUGGCUCCCCUACCGAGCUUCUGUUCCUUCUAUCUGCUUCUCGCCCGCAGAAUGGCCACAGGCGGCGGAUGCCCGUUUUCGUGCGGUUGUAGACGGUCUUUAGGAGU